UUUCAGUGAAGGUAAGGAGAUGCAGGAACGGGCCAGCUGGAAACACAGAGAACCAAGGGGCUGAAUACGCUAGUCAAUGGCUCUUUUAGGAGCUAAGAAAGCUUUGUUUUUCUGUAGCUUAUCUUUUGGGAAAUGCAAACCAGAGCAAGUUAACACUGGGUACAGGGAAGGAGCUGGCCCCUGUGUCCCCAUCCAGGGAAGGAAAGUGUGGCUGGGGGUCAUUGCAAGACCAGACUCUGUCGGGUGACCAACUCCUGGAAUUCCCACUCUUCUUUCUUUUAAAAAUUUGUUAUCCAGAAUCAAGUUGGAAAAGCUUUCUGAAGAAAUCACGCUCUUGAAAAAUGAGGUGGGGAAGAUCCGACAAGAGCUUGAAGCUUCAGAAAGGACAGAGGCUGCACAGAGCAGCUGUAUGGAGCCACCCAGAAGCUGUGGCUGGCCCGGUCCCAGCACGCCCAGCGGGUGCAGCAGUCGCAGGAGGAGAUGGCGCAGCGCGUGCCCACAGGCCGCGUGGCCGAGCUGCAGCAGCUGCUGGAAGGAAGCACAUGAAAAACAGCUGGAAGCAACAGAAGAGCAGGUGGAGGAGGUGGAGAUGACUUUGAAGAACAUGGAAGUGCUCCUCCAAGAGAAAGUGGGUGACCUGAAGGAACAGUUUGAAAAGAGCACAGGAUCUGAUCUGCUGCUCAAGGAGCUCUAUGUGGAAAAUGCCCACCUGACAAAAGCGCUUCAAGUCACUGAGGAGAAGCAACGAGGCACUGAGAAAAAGUCCCGAUUCUUGGAAGGAAAAGUUAGAACUCUCAGCAAACUCCUCAGCAAGAUUGCUGAAGCUUCCCUCGCUGUUUAGACUGCUUUUCUUCCUGGCGUUCAUUUUGAAGGAACGUCUAUUAAAGUAAACCACUGUGACACCGUAACUUAUUGUGGCUCACUGGCUGUACACCCGUGGAUAAAUGAGGAUUGUGAUUCUGUUUACCCCACAAGCAUUUAAUGAAGGGUUGUGUGCCAAAUGCCUGGGAAACACGUUGGAGAGGACUAUUUUUUUUUUUAGUGGUCCUUGGGUAACUUCCAGAGUUACAUUCCGAAUUUUGCUACUGAAAAACAAACCAGAUUAUGGGGUUCUCAGCAAGGUAAAUGGUAAAAUAAAGCAAUUUUAAUCUUGCACUUCUGACCUUGGCUACAGAGAUUAAAAUGUGAAGUCAGGGCUCUGUAGUUUUACCAUUGCACUGUUAGUUCUAUGGGUUUAGUCUCUGGCAUUCUCGAUGGUGGAUCGGUGUAGACACUCCAGAAACGCUACACUUUCUGUGACUUUCAACUAGCGAUAAGGGAUAGAGGAAGGAAGCCUUUUUGUCAGGGCCUGUUCCACCACGAGGGAGGUCUAGACAGUGCUGGUGUUUCAGAGCUGUGGACUCAGGGAGGAUGGUAUCGUAUCCAUUGUGAAUGCAAUCUUUUCCUCACUGAAAUGUCAUCACACUGCAAAGUGUAUUAUAUGUUAAAAACCAGGAAAAAAGUACAGUUUUAUAUUCAAGAUAUACAUAAAUUAUGAUCAUUUGGUUGAUCAGAAUUAACUACUGUAAUAUGAAUUUACUGUAUCUGCAAUAAAAUCCUUUUCUAUUAAAAUAGA